UCGUGUUGUCAGACGUUAGCGUCGAUAAUCAGUUCAUCCGUGUGCUGUAUGUCUGAUGAUCCGCGCCAUUAAAGAGACACACUGAACACUAUCGCUGCAGUAGUGUAAGUGUGUGUGUAGCGUUGGUUUAUUGGAGUUGUACAACAGUGUGCAAAUGGAUUGUAGUGUGAUGGCGUAUGUAUAGUGUGGUGUAGUGUGAUUGGUCUGUAUGGUGAGUCUGGUCAUGGUGCGUUUGUUAUGGGCGUUGCGCAGACGCAUUCAUCUGCAGAUCAGCUGCGGCGCGGCUCAUGACAGGAACAGAGACACUGCGUUCACCAACAACUCUGUACAGGCAGGUUCAGUUCACCUAUAAGGAUGCCAGAGAUUAACAUGGAUAAUCUGAAUGAAAAGCAGGUGCAGUUGCUUGCAGAGAUGUGCAUUCUCAUCGAUGACAAUGACAGAAAGAUUGGAGCUGACAGCAAGAAAAACUGCCAUCUCAAUUGUAAUAUUGACAAAGGUUUAUUGCAUCGGGCGUUCAGUGUCUUCCUGUUUAACAGUGAGGAAAAGCUGCUCUUACAGCAGAGAUCAAACGCUAAAAUCACAUUUCCAGGCUGUUUCACCAACACCUGCUGUAGUCACCCACUGCACACUGCCAAUGAACUGGAGGAACAGGAUGCCAUCGGGGUCAGACGUGCCGCACAGAGACGACUACAAGCUGAGCUGGGCAUUCCCAUGGAUCAGGUGCCUCCAGAAGAGAUGACCUAUCUGACCCGCAUCCACUACAAAGCCCAAUCAGAUGGCGUUUGGGGGGAGCAUGAGAUCGAUUACAUCCUCUUCAUGCAUAAGGAUGUGGAACUGAAUCCAGACCCCAAUGAGAUCCAGAGCCACUGCUAUGUCUCCAAAGAGGAACUGAAGGAGAUCCUGGAGAAGGCCAAGAGGAAUGAGCUGGAGGUUACGCCCUGGUUUAGCCUCAUUGCUGAGACCUUCCUCUUCAAGUGGUGGGACAAUCUCCAUAACCUCAAACAGUUCAUCGAUCACGAAAGGAUCCAUCGCAUGUAAACAGCGGUUUUUUUUAGGGCUUAGUUACUAAGGGACACUUAAAAUGGUUAGAAGUCUACAAGAUCAGCGUAAAAGACUGAACUGUUUGACCAUGAGGUGUUUUUGCUGUUUGUAAAUGGCUGGACAAGGAGCAGGCUUUGUCAUCAUUAUGUAGGAUUAAAGGGAUAGUUCACUCAUAAAUGAAAUUCUGUCAUUAUUACCUCACUCUCAUGUUCUCAGGUGGAAUGUUAGCCUCAGUCCCUAUUCACUUUCAUUGGAUUGGGGAAAAGAGCAACAUCAGCAUUCUUCAAAAUUUCUCCUCUGGUGUUCCUCUGAAUAAAUACAUUUAUACAGGUUUGGAACAACAUGUGGGUGGGUAAGUGAUGUCAGAAUUGUUAUUUUUUGGUGAACUAUCCCUUCAAAGAUCUGAGUAGUUUAAUCUGAUGGAAAAAAGGAUCCAUAACUACUUUAGUGACAAUGGUGAAACAUGGUUAUAAUAUGAUGAAGCUGCUACAAAGAGUUUAGAGCAGUUGCUGUCUUUUUCUUACACAUGACUUAUGGAGGUAUUGCUAACAAACACUGUUUUUUUGUCUGAAGUGCCUAGUUUCAUAUGCGAGUCUAUGCAUUUGAGAGAAUGUUUUGUGUAGAUUGACCUAUCAAGGUUCACCAUGAAGUUUACAAUGGUGUAAAGUGAUUUUUAGAUGUGAAAAAUAAAAGUUGAUUUCUUUAUA